CACUCAAUUCACAUUUUCAUCAGAUUUUCCCUAUCUCUUAGCAGAGUAAAAAGCGAAAACUUUCAGUCAAAAUGGAGUUUUCAAGGAAGUGUUCUCUUUUUGCUUUUCUAUUGUUUUUUGUGUUACUUUUUUGCAACAAUGAGGUUAAUGCUUCACAUGAAGUAUUUAGGAAGUUACAAUCGUUAAGUACUAAUAUAGUCAGGAACUUAUUUAGGACUGGUUUUCAUUUUCAACCUCCUAGACACUGGAUUAAUGAUCCCACUGGUCCAAUGUAUUACAACGGAAUCUAUCAUCUAUUUUACCAGUACAAUCCAAAAGGAGAAGUAUGGGGUAAUAUUGUUUGGGCUCAUUCUGUAUCCGUUGACUUGGUUAAUUGGAUCAACUUAGAGCCCGCAAUUUAUCCCUCAGAAGCUUUUGAUAAAUACGGUACUUGGUCUGGAUCAACCACUAUUCUUCCGGGUAACAAGCCCGUUAUUCUCUACACUGGAAUAAUAGAUGACGAACAAAGCCAAGUACAAAACUAUGCAAUACCAGCUAACUUGACUGACCCAUUUCUCCGUAAGUGGAUCAAGCCUGAUAACAACCCGUUAGUAGUCGCUGACCAAAGCAUUAAUAAAACCAAAUUUCGUGACCCAACAACGGCUUGGUUAGGCCAAGAUGGGCUUUGGAGAAUGUUGGUUGGCAGCCUUAGAGGCCGGAGAGGAUUAGCACUAUUAUACUGGAGUAGGGACUUCAUGAAAUGGACCAAAGCUAAACACCCAAUUCAUUCAUCUGCUGAUACUGGAAACUGGGAAUGUGUUGAUUUUUUUCCAGUAUCAUUGGAGCAUACAGAUGGUUUGGACACAUCAUCUCAUGGUGAGAAAGUAAAACAUGUUCUUAAAGUUAGUCUUGAUGAUACUAGGUAUGAUUACUACACAAUUGGAACCUAUGACACAAAAAAAGAUAGGUACACUCCGGACGAAACAAUGGUUGAUGGAUGGAAGGGAUUAAGACUGGAUUAUGGUAAUUUUUAUGCAUCAAAGACUUUCUAUGAUCCUAGCAAAAAUCGAAGAAUUUUGAUGGGAUGGGCCAAUGAAUCAGAUGUCGUUCCAACUGAUGCCAUCAAUAAAGGAUGGUCUGGAAUUCAGACAAUUCCUCGUAGAUUAUGGCUUGAUCCUAGUGGCAGACAUUUGGUUCAAUGGCCUGUUGAAGAAUUAGAACACUUGAGAAAGCAAAAGGUCGAGAUAAGAAAUUAUAGAUUGAACAAGGGAGAAAAGGUGGAAGUUGAAGGAAUCACACCUGCACAGGCUGAUGUUGAAGUUACAUUUUCCUUUUCAAGUUUGGAAAAUGCAGAAGAAUUUGAUCCUAGUUGGGCUGAUCUUUAUGCCCAAGAUGUAUGUGGCUUUAGGGGUUCGACGGUUCAAGGUGGACUUGGUCCAUUUGGGCUCCUAACAUUGUCUUCUGAAAACUUGGAAGAGUAUACACCUGUAUUUUUUAGAGUGUUUAAGACCCAAGAUAAAUACAAGGUUCUAAUGUGCUCUGAUGCUUCAAGGUCAAGCGUUAGGAAUCAUAAGAAGAUGUACAAACCCUCAUUUGCAGGAUAUGUUGAUGUAGAUUUAACAAACAAAACAUUGUCGUUAAGGAGUUUGAUUGAUCAUUCUGUAGUAGAAAGUUUUGGUGCUGGUGGAAAGACAGUUAUUACAUCAAGAGUUUAUCCAGCAUUAUCCAUCUAUAACGACACACAUUUGUUUGCUUUCAACAAUGGCACCGAGACAGUCAGAAUUGAGAAUCUUGAUGCCUGGAGCAUGGAUAAAUGCGAUAGAUAAAACUAGUUGUUGGGAGAAAAGAAAAAGCAUAAUUGCCCUCAAAUUUCCUUUCUAUGUUCAUGUUGGUCUUUUCUUUUCUUUGAAGAGCGUGUAUAAUUUGCGACUUCCAGUUAAUUAAGAAUAAAAUAUUCUUCUUUUCUA